AUGUCUACCGCCCAAGUGUCCAACUCAUUAGCUUACUCCGAAUCUAAGAGUGCGAGGAAGAAGAAAGCCAAGGCUGAAGGCCCAGUUCAAACCGCAGCUUCACCAACAGAGCCGGAAUCUGGAGCUGGGCUAACAGCCGUUGAUGGGGCCGCAACCGCGCCAGAUGGGUCUUACGAGAGUCCAUAUAUCAAGGAGCUGUAUAAGAACAUCCGCAACAUCAAAAAAAAGCUGAAUGCCACACAAAAGGUUGAUUCUAUCAUCGCCGAGAACCCAGGCUUGUCGCUCGACGAGCUCCUUUCGGCUCGAAAGAUCAACCAAGACCAAAAAGCUCAAGCUCAAAAGAAACCUUCGCUACAAGCUUCUCUUACACAACUCGAGGAACAGAUUGCUCAGUACAAGCAAUUCGACGAGGACUAUCAGAAGCGCUUGUCCGCAGAAAAAUCAGCUCUCGAGACUGCGCAUACAGAUGAACUGCACAAGGUCAAGGAAGCUGCAGUCGCCGAGGCAGCAGCGGAUGGCAGAAAGGAAGCUAAAGAUAAUCUACUCGUGCUCAGCAAAUUCCUGAGAGCAGCAGCAGCUAAGCGGCAGGGUGGUGAUGAGACUUCACCCGAGAAUCGGGCUUUCGAAGGUGCUCUGCUGCUGGUCUACGGAGGCGAGAUCGGUGCGGUCGUGGCAAUGGAGAGCUUGAUUGCCGGUAGCGAUGAAAAAGUGCCAACAGUUGAUCAAACUCCCUCAGAAUUUACCUAUAAGCAGGUCCGAGACUUAGCGUUUGAGUAUGCACCAUAUGCAGCGGAAGAAGCUUGGGCAGAAGAAGUCGCUCAGUCGGAGCCAGCACCUCCCGCUGCCGAAGAUUCGUCUGCGACCAUUGGAACUGACCCUACGGUUGCUCAUGCCGGACUCACAGAGAUCGACGAUUCAGCUGAGCCCACAGUGAAUGGAGUCUCUUCCCAUGUCGAUACUCCCAAUGUGCCAGACGCAUCCAACAUCGAUGCUGGUGCGGCCAACGCAGCGGCCGGAACCAACUGGGAGGCCAAGGACCCGGCUUCUGCCGGUUCAGGCCACGACGAAUGGGUCGAGAUCCCACGUGAUCCUACCGAGACAGACACUGGAAACUCCGCCACGCCCGCAGGGAUGACAAGUACUCAGAGCUGGGCUGAAGACGUUCCCACUGAACCCACAGAUUCCAUGCCGACUCCAGGAUAUGCGCAGACCCCUGCUGACGGCGGUGAUGGUUUUCAUGAAGUCCAGCAUCAUCGUGGUGGACGGGGUCGCGGCAGUGGUCAAGGAGAGCAUCGUGGUGGUAACCGUGCUGGCCGUGGCUUUAGGGGCGAUCGUGGAGAGGGCGGAGGGCGUAGCCGCGGAGGCUAUAGGGGAGAUCGCGGUGGAGGAGAAGGCGGUGGACGUGGUGGUGGACGUGGACGUGGUGGAUUCCGAGGCAACCGUGGGCGUGGUGAGGGAGCCCAAUAG